AUGGAAGAAGGAUUUCGUCCGUUCGGAGGCCUUGGUAUUAUUAAAAGUGAUCGAAAACACAUUGAAUUUUUCAACGAGGAUAAAUUUGACGAAUCAUUCGAGAAAUUAAUCCAUGAAAUCAAUUGUAUUGAAAGAGAACCAAGCAUGAUAUCAACAGUUACUCCAUCUACACAAACAAAUACCAAUCGAGGAAAUUCGUUAACAACAACUACUUCGUCAUCUUCCAAUAAUGUGAACUUUCAUGAUCAUUGUAAUGCCAUCAUUUCUGACCAUAUCAUAUCGAUUCAAAAAAGCCAUCUUCACCGGAACAAUCUCAAUGAAAACGAAUUUAGAAAAGUUUUACAUUCACUUAUUCAAGAAUUUUCUCCUGAAACUUUGCAAUCGUUUCAAAAUAGCCAAUCCAACAUUGUUGAAGAUAAGCAACCACAACAAAGUGACAGUGAUCAUCUCAUACAACAUCUUCUUCAAUGUAAUGAACAAUUAGCAAAAGAUGUUCGGAUUCAACAAGAAAAUUUUGCUAAUAUUCGACAACAUCUUCUCAAUCAAGACGAUCGAUUAGCAGCAUUUAUCCGUUUUCAACAAAGGCAAGAACAAAAUAAUGCCCAUCUUUCCCAACAUCAUAUCAAUCAAAAUGAUCGAUUGACAUCAAUCAUUCGUGUUCAACAAGAACAACAACAAGAUCAUGCUUCUCUUCAACAAUAUUUUUUGAAUCAAAACGAACAAUUAGUUCAGAUUAAUCGUAGACAACAAGAGCAAGAACUCAAUCAUCAUUUUUCAGAACAACUUCUGCAACAUGUUGAUCAGUUAACACAACUUUUUAUUAAUCAGCAGCAGCAACAUGCCAGAAAUAUUGAGGCUUUGCAUCAACUGGUAAAUCGAUCAUUCGAGAGAAAUAAAUCGUUAGAAACAACUAUUGAUCAGCAUUUAACAUCGCAAGAUAGACAAAUACCUACAGAAGUUUGUUUUGUAUUCAUUUGUAUUGAUCGAACAGUUUCAAUCCAUGACAGUCCUAUUCUUCAACUAUCUGUUUAUCCAAAUUAUGGUUUUUUACCUGAAAAUAUUGAAGUUCGUUGUGAAAUAAUUGAACCAUCAAAAUAUGAUAAUAUUUAUUUAUCAGUUAAAACAGAUUAUGUUAAACCGUCAGGCAUAAUUCUUAUGGUUGAUAAUACUAUCAAUCGAUGUCGAACGAAUAAAAAAGAAUAUAUCAAUGUUAAUAUUUGUAAUUCAUCAUUAAUACUUAUUUAUAUCAAUCAUACAAUUCUUAAUGAUACGCUUGAAAAAAUAGAUUAUGUAUGUAGUCAAGGUGGAGUCAAUGCAUUAAGUUCAUAUCGAAUAUUAAGUAGGAAAUAA